AUGAAUGAUGAUAUCCUCGUCCCAGACGAAGGCUUCAAAUUUGUUGAAAGACAUGAACCGGACACUAUAAGUCGGACAAAACGCAGGAUUUAUCAAGUGGAACCGAUUCCUGUUUACUGGGAAAUCGUCGAUCUCACUGGGACUCACCCAGAAACAAAACUCUUCUCUACGAAAGAUUGGACUGAGAUGUUGAAAAGCUUCGAGGACGAAAUAGAAACUAUUGAAGAAAAUAUACCUGACGUUGUAUAUUUGUUUUUUCGAUGA